AUGCUCGCGAUGCAGCCUGGCCCGUCGGAUGACGUUUCGGUUCUCUCAGAACCUGGGUAUCGCACCGUGCUCGUCUUGCUCGCGAAGAAGGAGAACGUCCGGGAUGCAUUGCAAGCAGCCUAUCGCCCUCCCGUAGAACCCCGUCGCUCGCCGAACGGCUUCAUGGUCUUCCGAUCCUGGUAUAACUCGAUCAUGGGGCCGAGCUGCACUCUGCAACAACGUAUUAGUAUGGCCGCCACAGACGUAUGGCGGCGCAUGACCUCCGCAGAGCGGGCUCUGUUCAUGGAGGAGAGUGAGCGACGCAAGACUCUGCUGUUUGCAGAGCACCCGGACUUCGAGUGGAAUGCGAAGGCCAAGGGCAAGAAGGUGACCAAAAAACAGCGGGCUUCCAAGGGCGCAGCGCGGGCACGUCGUGCUGCUGUCGUCCGUCCCCAGGAUCGCUCGCCUUCGACGCCGGCACCUGCACCGGGUCCCUUGUCUGGCGCAGAGGAAGGUCUCUACCGUGGUUCCGUGACCCCUUCGUGCUGCACACCCGCGCUGUCACCCUCGGGCUCGUCCGUCUACGAGUACACGCCUCGCAGAGACAAUCAUGCAUUGCCGUCCGCGCGCUGGACGCGCACCCCAGCUCCCGUGAUGCCCGCCGCUAUGAUGCCGCAGGUUCUGACGAUGCAGGAGAAGCCGUUCGGUUAUGACGACUUCGCUCAGAUGGUCGCAAUCGGCGAGGAGCUUGGGCCGCUCGCGUAUCGUCCUCACGUCGAAUAUGGCCCUUCUGUCAAUAUGCUGGGCCUCAACGGCGUACAGGACUUCCCUACCGCAACGAUCGGUUUCGACACUCAGCUUGAUUAUACCCCUUCGCCUUCGCCUCUGCCUCUAGGUGACGUUGUCAGCUGGACUCCGCAGCAGGCGGCAAUUGGCCUCAGUUUCUUCCCCGAGGCGGAUAUUGUCGCGGGUCCUUCUACUCCAAUCGUCCCCACCGCCUCACAGGACUUCCCGACCGCGCCGGCCAGCUUCGACACCCAGCAUCAACUCACCCCUUGUCCUUCGCCUCUGCCUCUAGAUGAAGAUGUCCACUGGACUCCGGAGCAGGUUGCUAUUGGCCUCAGUUUCUUCCCCGAUGCGGAUACUGUCGCGGGGCCCUCUGCUCAGACCGCCCACACCGCUCCUCAUCCAGCGCCUGAGCCGCAGGCCGAGCGAAGCGGUCCUAUCGGCCCUCCAUUCGCGCCGACGCCGUCGCUCCUCUUGGACCAACCUGUGUUCCCGACAUCCGAGAUAGGGUGGAAUCUCGAGGGCUUCAGCCCGCAGCCUGCCUCCCUCCCCGCGCAGGAAGCUUCCGAGGCAGUUCAGCCCGGACUUGAGGAGAACUGGUUGAACCUGGAGCGCUGCUCGGACGAACCCGUCGCCGUGGUGGCUGGGCCGUCGAACCGCGAUGAAGAGUGGCAGCCGUAUCUAUCCCUCGCGCAGCGCGCCAUCGAAGGGCAGGAGCGAACUCGCCGGGCGUACCACCCCUACCGCUACCCCUACCAUCAGCAGCUGUGGUGGCAUCGCGGGUACUACUGA